GACCUCCAGGAGGUUUGGGACCUGAAGGUAAACCUGGCCCAGACUGUAAGAGUCCGAUCCUGGGGCCGCGUGGAGAUACUGGUUGUACUGGACCAGAUGGAGAACCAGGGUGUGCUGGUGAGGUCGGGGACCCUGGUCUGAACCCUCCGGUGCCUGGAGACGAUGGGGACAACGGGGACACAGGGUGCCAGGGGCCGGUGGGCCCAAAAGGAUCUGCGGGGCCCAGAGGACUGCCAGGCAUCCCUGGAAAUCCAGGAGUGAAAGGCAUUCGGGGAUCUCCAGGUCUGAUGGGACUUCCUGGUAAUCGGGGUCCCAGAGGUUGCACCGGUGCAAGUGGGCCUCCGGGACCGAAGGGUUUUGCUGGACCCAUGGGUCCAAAGGGGGAGAAGGGCCGAGUGUCCCCCUGCCCCACCUACCCUCCAGCGACACAGGGGCCCCCAGGACCCCCAGGCCUCCCCGGUCAGCCCGGAGAUGUCGGCCUCGAGGGAGAGGUCGGCAGAAGAGGCGCAAAAG